UAAGUUACACUCACGACCCUUUAAGGAGAAAACAUAUAAUUCUAGUAAUUUUAUUGGGCUCAGGUUUCAGGCAAAUGGAAAUAAAAUUGCCUCUAAAAAUAAAAGGCACACAGAAUUGAAGAAAAUAAAACAAUAACAAUGAAAAGCCGAUCCUGAUUUGAGAUAAGUGGUGAGGCAUUUUGUGAAAUAUUAGAGGAAAAAAUAAACAAACGGAGAGACCCGGGAGAAGAGCAGGAGGAGAACUCCCGCAGCCACCCUUGCUUUCGUUUCUGCUUCACCUUUAGGAAAGGGCUCACUGCCUGUUAUAAAGUGAGGCGUAAAGCACGACUGGUGAAAUUGGUCCUUGUCCCGCGCUUAACAGUACAGGUGGACGAAAGGGGCUGCCUGCCAAAUACUUCUGGUUGGAGGGAGGGGUGGGAGUGCUCUCUCAAAACCACUCCUGGAAUGGCUUAACUCGCCCAGCACGAAUCAAUGACAACCUCUCGCCGGCUGCGGCAGGCUCCCCUGAGCAGCGCUGCCGCGUGGAUUCUCAGCCAGGGACCCUGGCGGCGCUCAGGACACGGCCCGGCCACGAGCGCGGCGUCCCCGGGGCGGCCAGGAAUCGCACACCCCCAAAGUGGAAUUCAGUGAAAUCGUGCCCGAGAGAAGAUUCUGUAGCCUUUGCUAAACGGCAGAUGCCAGCUGCCCAAUGAGAAGCCCCACUCCAAGGGCCUUCGGUGCCCCGGGAAGAGCCCAGAGGUACAGUGAAAAGCCCCAGCUUGUGAGCUGGGCUCUGAACUGCAGGGCUCUGGCUGAGAACAUGGCCAAUGGCAUUGACGAGCUGAUCGGCAUUCCCUUCCCCAACCACAGCAGCGAGGUCCUGUGCAGCCUGAACGAGCAGCGGCAUGACGGGCUGCUCUGCGACGUGCUCCUGGUGGUGCAGGAGCAGGAGUACCGCACCCACCGCUCCGUCCUGGCUGCCUGCAGCAAGUACUUCAAGAAGCUCUUCACGGCCGGCACCUUAGCCAGCCAGCCCUACGUCUACGAGAUUGACUUUGUCCAGCCUGAGGCUCUGGCCGCCAUCCUGGAGUUCGCCUACACCUCCACGCUCACCAUCACCGCCUCCAACGUCAAGCACAUCCUCAAUGCCGCCAGGAUGCUGGAGAUCCAGUGCAUCGUGAAUGUGUGCCUGGAGAUCAUGGAGCCCGGGGGGGAUGGGGGGGAGGAGGAUGACAAGGAGGACGACGAUGAUGAUGAAGAUGACGAUGACGAGGAGGAUGAAGAGGAGGAGGAGGAGGAAGAGGAGGAGGAGGAGGAUGACGACACGGAGGAUUUCGCAGAUCAAGAAAACUUGCCUGAUCCCCAGGACAUCAAUUGCCACCAAAGCCCUUCCAAGACGGACCACCUAUCGGAGAAGGCCUACUCAGACACACCCAGGGACUUCCCUGAUUCCUUCCAGGCCGGCAGCCCUGGCCAUCUGGGCGUGAUCCGGGACUUCUCCAUCGAAUCUUUGCUGAGGGAGAACCUGUACCCCAAAGCCAACAUCCCCGACAGGGGACCCUCCUUAUCUCCCUUCGCCCCGGACUUCUUUCCACACCUCUGGCCAGGGGACUUCGGUGCCUUCACCCAGCUGCCCGAGCAGCCCGUGGACAACGGGCCCCUGGACCUGGUGAUCAAGAACCGCAAGAUCAAGGAGGAGGAGAAGGAGGAGCUGCCCCCGCCCCCACCGCCUCCCUUCCCGAACGACUUCUUCAAAGACGUGUUCCCGGACCUUCCCCGGGGGCCGCUGGGGCCCAUCAAGGCGGAGAACGACUACGGUGCCUAUCUCAGCUUCCUGAGUGCCGCCCACCUUGGGGGUCUCUUCCCGCCCUGGCCGCUGGUGGAGGAGCGCAAGCUGAAGCCCAAGGCCUCUCAGCAGUGCCCCAUCUGCCACAAAGUCAUCAUGGGGGCCGGGAAGCUGCCGCGGCACAUGAGGACGCACACCGGGGAGAAGCCAUACAUGUGCAACAUCUGUGAGGUCCGCUUCACCAGGCAGGACAAGCUGAAGAUCCACAUGAGGAAGCACACGGGGGAACGGCCCUACCUGUGCAUCCACUGCAACGCCAAGUUCGUGCACAACUACGACCUCAAGAACCACAUGCGCAUCCACACGGGCGUGCGGCCCUACCAGUGCGAGUUCUGCUACAAGAGCUUCACGCGCUCCGACCACCUGCACCGGCACAUCAAGCAAGCUCGCAGGGGCCAGUGCCACAGCCGAGCCCCCCAGCUGGGUGCCCAGGAGCACUUUGGAGCUGUGGGGGGUAGAUGGAGGGUGGUGGCUUGGCCAGAGGCCGACCGGGUGGAGCAGGGAUGA